UAUCUGUAUUUCCAUCGAUUUUUCCGUAUCAUCUUCACAGUAAUUAUUUCUUUCACCUGGCUGGUCAGGUUUUCGGAUCGAAGCGACAUGACUCUCCCAAGGCAUAUGCAGCAACCAUAUCAACAGCCAACUGAUGGCAAAGGUGCAGAUGUCAUGCUUGAUUUAUCAGGGGAUGUUGCUAUGCAGAAAACAAUGGGAAUCGUCAUUGAGGAUGUUUUUAGUCUGAAAGCCAGUAGCAAAAAGAUUUUUUGCUGCGAUUUUUCUUCAGAUGGGGAGUUGCUGGCUAGUGCUGGAGACGAAAACAAGGUUUUCAUUUGGAAUCUCAGAAACAAUUUAGAGAAGCACACAUGGGAAGCACACUCUAGCUUCAUCACAGAUAUAAGCUUUCGGCCGAAUGAAACCAUGCUUGCAACAGCUUCAUCUGAUAAAACUGUGCGAUUGUGGGACGCAUCUCAGGGUGAUUAUUGUGUCCAGACCUUCGCGGGGCAUAGCUCUCAGGUCAGAUCAGUAGAUUUUCAUCCAAAGGAUUCUUCACUUCUCUGCUCGUGUGAUGAAGGUGGCAAGGUUUUGUUCUGGACAAUAGGCCAACCUAACCCACGCAUCUCUGAAGCUACAGGUAGAGGAAAAGUAAGGUUCCACCCUGGUGGCCUCUGUUUUGCUUCAGCUAUUGGAAACACGGUGAACAUUACUGAAGUUGAGACAGAUAAACGGAUGAAUUGUUUCCAGGGUAACAAGGAUAACAAAUCUGUGCUCUCCGUAUGCUGGAAUGAACGUAUCGAUUGCUUUGCUUGUGUUAGCGAGGAUUGUGUAAGGAUCUGGUGUUCACAGGGAGAACCUAUCCGCGAGCUAAGCAGGAACCCGGGCUAUUUCCGCUCGUGCAGCUUCCACCCUAAGUAUCCAAACACGUUGGUUAUUGGGGGUUACCAGACCAUUACCCUGUGGAACUUUUCUGAGAACAAGGUGGUGUCAGUGCAGUCUCACGGCGGCUAUGUUGCAGAUUUGGAAGGAUGUCUUGCCACAGGUUUGCUUGCAUCCGCAUCGCAUGAUGGAUGCGUCAAGGUCUGGAGCUGAUCAAGGUCUAGUCCAGCCUACCCCAUUGCUUUUGGCGGUGGUGCUGUUGGCGCAGAUCGAUGCAUGGGUAGCUCUAAUCUAAGAUUAGAUGCCAGCAGUAGCAAAAACAUUACUAGCAACGGUUCAAGAACACCCGCAGUAGUUUUGUAAACGCGAUAAGGUAGGAGCUCAGCUGACGCAGAGAACAACUUUUGGGGUCCCCCCCCCCCCCUCUUUCUGAAUGGCAGGACAGU